UUCUUAGUAAUUCUGGCUUUAUUGUCUCUCUCUCCCACCCCCACUCCCCAUUUCCUUUCUUUGGGCUCCGAUUUCCAGCCCUUUUUCUAGACCCAUUCCUGCCUAUGUCCCAGACUCUGCUAUUUUCUUGUUGAGGCUGGAGGGACCUUCCCCUCCAAGAGCAGCCUGAGAAGAUGCCGGGGCCUGGGUUCUGUGGUCUCUCCCCACUCCGGGUGUUCCCCUCCGUGUUUGUGGUGGCAGCCCUCCUGGGCUUGCUUCCAGUCCUCCGGAGCCAUGGGCUGCAGAAUACGGUGACAUCAAAGGUGUCCACCAUGGGCUUGUACAUAGGCCCCGGGGAGGGGGAUGUCACCUCCGCGCCACCCGAGGUCAAACAGGAAGUCCACCCGAUGACCAACCAUUCGGGGACCCCUCACAUGAAGACACGCAAGGCUUUCCCCGUCCUGGGCAUCGACUAUCCUCAUGUGCGGACCCCCUUCGAGGUCUCCCUCUGGAUCCUGCUAGCCUGCCUAAUGAAGCUGGGUUUCCAUGUGAUCCCCACCAUCUCCAGCAUCGUCCCCGAGAGCUGCCUGCUGAUCGUGGUGGGGCUGCUGGUGGGAGGCCUGAUUAAAGGAGUCGGGGAGAGCCCUCCCAUCCUGGAGUCAAAAAUCUUCUUCCUCUUCCUCCUGCCCCCCAUCAUCUUGGACGCCGGCUACUUCCUGCCCCUGCGCCCUUUCACGGAGAACCUGGGCACCAUCCUGAUCUUCGCCGUUGUGGGCACGCUGUGGAACGCCUUCUUCCUCGGGGGGCUCAUGUACGCCGUGUGCCUGGUUGGGGAGCCCCCCAUCAACGAGAUCGGCCUCCUGGACAACCUGCUGUUCGGCAGCAUCAUCUCGGCUGUGGACCCCGUGGCGGUGCUGGCUGUGUUUGAGGAGAUCCACAUUAAUGAGCUGCUGCACAUCCUUGUGUUUGGGGAGUCCCUGCUCAACGAUGCCGUCACCGUGGUGCUGUACCAUCUCUUUGAAGAAUUUGCUGGCAUCGACCACGUGACCUUCUUCGACAUUGUCCUGGGCUUCCUGAGCUUCUUCGUGGUCUCUCUGGGGGGGGUGUUUGUGGGGGUGGUCUACGGCAUCACUGCGGCCUUCACCUCCCGCUUCACCUCCCACAUCCGGGUCAUCGAGCCGCUCUUCGUCUUCCUCUACAGCUACAUGGCUUACCUGUCAGCCGAGCUCUUUCACCUGUCUGGCAUCAUGGCGCUCAUCGCCUCAGGCGUGAUGAUGCGUCCCUACGUGGAGGCCAACAUCUCGCACAAGUCCCACACCACCAUCAAGUACUUCCUGAAGAUGUGGAGCAGCAUCAGCGAGACCCUCAUCUUUAUCUUCCUGGGCGUCUCCACUGUGGCGGGCUCCCACCACUGGAACUGGACCUUCGUCAUCAGCACGCUGCUCUUCUGCCUCAUUGCCCGGGUGCUGGGCGUGCUGGGCCUGACUUGGUUCAUCAAUAAGUUCCGCAUCGUGAAGCUGACCCCCAAGGACCAGUUCAUCAUCGCCUACGGCGGCCUGCGCGGGGCCAUCGCCUUCUCCCUGGGCUACCUGCUGGACGUGACCCACUUCCCAAUGAGGGAGCUCUUCCUCACCGCCAUCAUCACUGUCAUCUUCUUCACCGUCUUCGUGCAGGGAAUGACUAUCCGGCCUCUGGUGGACCUGCUGGCUGUGAAGAAAAAGCAGGAGAGCAAGCGAUCCAUCAACGAGGAGAUCCACACUCAGUUCCUGGAUCACCUUCUGACGGGUAUUGAGGACAUCUGCGGUCACUACGGGCACCACCACUGGAAGGACAAACUGAACCGCUUCAACAAGAAGUAUGUGAAGAAGUGUCUGAUCGCCGGGGAGCGCUCCAACGAGCCCCAGCUCAUCGCCUUCUACCACAAGAUGGAGAUGAAGCAGGCCAUCGAGCUUGUGGAGAGCGGGGCCAUGGGCAAGAUCCCGCCUGCCGUCUCCACCGUCUCCAUGCAAAACAUUCAUCCCAAGGGCCUGCCUUCAGAGCGAAUCCUGCCGGCGCUGUCCAAGGAUAAGGAGGAGGAGAUUAGAAAAAUUCUGCGCAAUAAUCUCCAGAAGACCCGCCAACGGUUAAAAUCCUACAACAGACACACAUUGGUGGCUGAUCCCUUUGAGGAGGCCUGGAACCAGAUGCUGCUGAGGAGACAGAAAGUCCGACAACUGGAGCAAAAGAUAAAUAACUACCUGACGGUGCCAGCCCACAAACUGGACUCUCCCACCAUGUCCCGAGCUCGGAUUGGCUCAGAUCCCCUUGCCUAUGAGCCAAAGCCCGAUUCAGAGAACCUCCCCAUCAUCACCAUUGACCCUGCCUCACCCCAGUCCCCUGAGUCCGUGGAUCUGGUAAAUGAAGAACUGAAGGGCAAAGACUCGGUGCUGGAGGAGGAGGAGGAUGAUGACCCCGGCCUCAUGAUGCACCCCAAGGAGCCCUCCUCCCCGGGCACGGACGACGUCUUCACCCCAGGGCCGGGGGACAGCCCAAGCACCCAGCGCAUGCUCCGGUGCCUCAGCGACCCCGGGCCUCGCCCGGAGCCAGGCGAGGGGGAGCCCUUCAUUCCCAAAGGCCAGUAACGGCAGGGCUGGUGGCCGCCGGGGACCCACGGGAGCCUCUCCCUUUCCUACAGCAUGGCAGCUGGGCUCCAGCACGGCUUCCCACCCCCGCCGGGCAGUGCCCGUCUCUGCUCCCAGCACCAGCCCUCAGAAGGCCCACUGGGCACCACUGAAAAGCUUUACUCCCUUCCUCCUCCUCCUGUGCCCUUCCCCUCGGGGGGCUGUGGGGCUUGUGGCUGUGCCCUCCUGGGGGCAUCAGGAGCCUCCCUCUUUCCGUUUCCUGUCAUCUUCAGACCCUGGAUUUCCUGAACUCGGGGUCCUGGCCGGGGGCCGGGGCUUGAGCCUCUCCCAAGGUGGUCCAGACCUUCACUACCUGGCAGGCGAGGCCUUCCUGCCCUGCUGAAACCCUCUUGGAGUCGGUAACCAAAGAGCAGGUGCUCCCUGCCCCUCUGGCCCCCGAUCCUGAUCUGGCAGGGGAGGGUGUGCCUGGUUAGUUAGCCCUGCCUGCCCCUGCUGCAUCUGGGAAGGGCCUGCCCUGACCGGGCCUGGGUGCAGCAGGGAACCCGGGAGGGGAAGCGACGCUCUUCUUGCCUUCUGAGUGCUCCUGACUGACCCAUGAGUUGAAACGAGACAGAGGGAGAAGCCAGAAGGGCCCAAGGACCCCCGAAAGACCUCUUGGGGGCCCUGCGGGGAGCCAGCUGGCCCUAGUGGCGGAAACCCGGCCUGGACAAAGGCUUCAGAAACCAGGCGGCCAUGAAUGGAGCUUUGUCCCUCUUCCCAGAGUGCUCAGCCUUGGGUCCUCCCUGGUGCCCCACAGGUUCUGCUUUGUAAAAGGACAUGCUGAUCCCCCAGUGGUGUCCUCGCCCCCCAUUCCCGCUGCCUCGGGAUCUUGGGGACUAAGCCAGCAACACCCAGGCAGUUUCCUUCCCACAAAUUUGUUCUGUGCCUCCCUGUCAAUCAGUCUCAAGUCUGCCCUGCUUUUGCUGUCUUUGUUGGGGACUCCCUCCCCACAGUGUGUGUCAGCGCAUCCCUGGGUUUCCCUGGCACCUCCCCCAGGGAAUGACCUGCCCCUCACAGGGUCCAUGGGCGCAGGGCCACAGGCCCUGCCCCCGCCCUACACACACACACACACACACACACACACACACACUCACACUGACAUAGACACACAGACACACACACAAACACACUGACAUAGACACACACACAGCCUCUGCCAGGGGCCACCAGCUCAGCGCUUUGUGGCCUUGUGUCUGACCCUGCGGGUGACCCGAGGCCAGGGCCCCCCCCGGGGUGGGGUCUCGCCCUCAGAUCCACGCCGCCUUCUCCCCCGCC